AUUUUACACAAUCACUGCUAACUGCUAAUCUUGAACUAGCUAACAUGUUGCCUUCGCUUGCUGUCGGAAAUAUGUAGCGCGACGGUUUGAGGAAUGUGGCAUUAAUCGGUGAUUCAUCGGACUGGCCUGCUUGUCAGCUAAAUAAUAUAAGACCCUCUUUGAGUAGACACAUUUUUGGAUGCGAGGGAGGACGUGUAACCACCAGGCUUUAGUUUAUAUCACUCUGACCAAAUGUGGCCUCAACUAUCAUAUGACAUCGACCCAAAUAUGUUUUCAGUCUGAAUAACUGAUUAUAAGCCGAUAUAACAGCAAAUCCAGCUGCCUGGUGCUCCCACAUUAAUACCCAGACGUGAGUUCAGUAUUAUAGUGCAUUUUUUUUCUACUUGCCCUGCGAUAAACAAUGAAAAUGCAGUUUACGAGGAGCCGUGAAUGCAGCCGCAGUACCGUGUGCGCACUGUAGGGGGCGGUAGACAGCUGUCUGACUGCUUUGAGGUUCACUCUUAUGUUAGAAGAAGUGAAAGCCCCUGCGGUUGUAGUCAUUCGCUGACUGAAUGGUUUUGUAGUCGUGUCUGAAUAACUUUGGACCAACGCGGAAGAGAGACAGAAUGUUUUGACAGCUGUAUGGGACAAAACAGUUCACAGGGUGCCAGAAUGACUUCCCCUGUCCGGGUCAUCGUGGUGGGAGCUGGCAGUCGAGGGGAGAUCUACUCCCAGUUUGCAUCCGUCCAUCCUGAUCGUGUGCAGGUUGUUGGAGUAGCUGAUCCAAGGAAAUUCGCUCGCACUAAACUUCAACAGAAACACAAAAUUGCAGAUGAAAACAUAUUUGGAGACUGGCACAGUAUAGUUGAAAGAGAGAAGUUUGCAGAUGCUGUGUUAAUUUGUACUCCAGACCGACUUCAUAAGGAACCUGCGGUGGCCUUUGCGAAGAAGGGCUACCAUGUUCUGCUGGAGAAACCAAUGGCAACAACUGCUGAAGACUGCACGGCGAUUGUGGAGGCUUGCACUCAGAGUGGUGUGAUGCUGUCAGUGGGUCAUGUUCUCCGCUAUGAUCCCGUCAUCCACAAAAUAAAGGAGCUGAUAGAUGCUGGAGUCAUAGGUGAUGUGAUCCACAUUCAACACUUGGAGCCGGUUGGGUUUUAUCACUUCGCUCACUCAUUUGUUCGGGGGAACUGGAGGAAUGAAGCAGAGAGCUCUUUUGCUCUUUUGGCUAAGUCGUGCCAUGACAUUGACCUAAUGCAUCACUGGGCUGGAGCACGCAGGUGUGUCAAAGUGUCAUCGUUUGGAUCCGUUAGCCACUUCAGAAAAGAAAACAAGCCAACAGGCGCUGCAGAUCGCUGCCUGGACUGUUCAAUAGAAAGAGACUGUGCUUACUCUGCACGCAAAAUCUACCUGGAUAGAGUGAAACAGGGUAACACUGGCUGGCCUGUAUCAGUCAUAUGUCCGAACUCUUUCCCAGACAUCGAGUCAGUAACUGAGGCGCUGAGGACAGGACCGUAUGGCCGCUGUGUCUAUGAGUGUGACAACGAUGUCUGCAGUAACCAGGUUGUCAACAUGGAGUUUGAAGGGGGUGUGACGGCAGCCUUUUCCAUGGUGGCAUUCACUGAGGAGAUAUGCAAGCGAAAAACAUCCAUCUAUGGCAGCAAGGGGGAGCUGUCAUAUGACGGCCAUGAGGUACGUGUGUUUGACUUUCUGACCCAGAGAGCCACAAAGCAUACGGCACACAAUAAUGCCCCCAGGCACUUUGGCAUGAGUGGACAUGGUGGAGCAGACUACCACCUUAUGGAUGCCUUUAUUUCUGCUGUUGCGAACAACGAUCCAUCCCUGAUCCGCUCGGGCCCUGAGGAGACGCUCCUGAGCCAUUUGCUGGUGUUUGAAGCUGAGCGAUCGCGACUGGAGAACAGGGUGGUGUACUGUGGUGACACGAACCACAGUUAGACGAGUGAAAGACACUUUGACAUGAAAAUGAUCUCGCCUUAAAAUCAAACACUUUAAUAAUGAUACCUGGAUGAUUAAAGACACAACAAAACUAAUGAAUGGAGGCCAAAUCUUGAAGUAUAGUAAUACUGAUUAUUUAGUCCAUGUUGCUCAGGAAUUUAAAUACCAUGUGUGCUUGUGUGUGAGAGAGUGAGUGAAUAAGUGAACCUGUUUAGUGUUUAAAUUAUAAAAGUGCAAAGAAGUUAAUUAUUUGUUGUUCAGCAUAAUGUCAUUUUGUUAGAAUUGAGUCAGUAAUGUUCAUGUAAAGUAUUCUCUUGCUACUAAAAAAUGGUUAAUCUGUAAUGUAAAUUUGUCUUUGAAUCAUUGUUUGCUCUCAAUGUGCCUCUUAAUGUCAUCCCACACACAAUAUGACCUGUGUCAGUGUGCACAUACAGUAUAUCUCAUAAUAUAUCUCAGGAUAUUAAUGUAUGCAGACCAAUUUGAUGCCAGUUGAUCUGUCACUCUGAAUGGCUUCUUGAGAGGCUCAGGGCUUAAAUGUAAAAUAAUAAUAAAUUAAUGAACUUAAAGAGAUUUAUUGAAUUUAUAAGUGACAAGUGACUGACUGACAAAUGUACAUAAAUAUAUGGUAAAUUAGCACUCACACUUAUUUUAUAUCCAAGUUACAUUUAGGUAAAUGUCAGGUCAGUCUUCUUCCUAAUAAUAGAAAACCUUCCUUUUCUUAUGUCUGCCAGGGCGUAUAAUUAACUCAAUGAAAUUAGCUAUUGAAUGACCGCUUUAACAUGGGAAUAUCAAUAUAAAGCAGGCUAUGUAGACAUAGAGGUGUCACAUUUCAAUAAUCAAUAAUCUACAUGUGGGCUACCACAGAACUUCUCAUUGACUCUGUCCAACAUUCUCAGGUACGACACUUUCAGAAGAGCCCAACUGGUCGCAGAUCACCAAGCCAUCACAGCUGAUCUAAAGCACUGAUUUCAAACCUAGAAAAACUCACAAGAUAUUAAAUUUCUCAAUCCUUAAAAAAAAAAUCACAAAAAUCAU